AUGUCCACCACAAUGACAACAACAACCACCACCACCACUGCAACGACAAAAACAACAACAGAACCCACCCCCACCCACCCAGGUCUAAUCCGCAUCCACCGCAGCCCCCUCCCCUUCGCCAGCGGCGCCUACAGCCUCGUCUCUCUGCCCGCCGGCUCCCUCCUAACCAAGAUCACCGGCGCCACGCCCUCCAAAAAAGCCUACACAUCCGUACAAACCGGCCCCGACAGCCACAUCGAACUAAACUCGGACCUGGUGUACUGCAACCACUCCUGCGACCCGACCAUCAACUUCGACAUGGAGAAGAUGGAAGUCCGGGUCGUGGAUGACCGGGACUUGAAGGCCGGGGACCCGUUGACGUUUUUCUACCCCUCCACGGAGUGGGAGAUGGAUCAGCCGUUUGAGUGUACGUGUGGGAGCGGGGAGAAGUGUAAGGGGUGGAUUGAUGGGGCGAAGAAUUUGGGGCCCGAGGUGUUGGCGGGGUAUUGGUUGAAUGGGCAUAUUGGGGAGAUGGUGAGGGAGAGGGAUGAUGGGUUCUUCGGCCAUGACUGGCAGCAGUCCGAUAACACCGAGGACCGAAGAUAAGGAUAGCCGGAUCAUCGAUUUGAUCUAAGAGACCCGC